ACAACACACUGCAUCUGGACUAUCCUCCUUCCGUCCCAACAACAAUCGGAUGUUUUACCUACUGGGCAUGACUUCCUAAGGUGAAAAAAAGUCCAGACUUUGCUGCUGACGUGUCAAUCACACCGCCUCAUCACACGAGAGUUUUACUUCACGAAACCUGAGAGAAUCUGGAGCAAACGCAUUGACGAGAAUCCAUGAGAAGGUGAACUGAGACCCACAGAUACUACCGAACCAAUAUUCAACACUCAAAGGGGUGUUGAGCCUCGAGUGACUUUAUAUCAGCCAACCACCCGGUCUCUCUCCAGCACCUACGUACCACACUCCUCACCUCCAAACCAUGGCCACAUUUCUCAGCCCCGGUCCCACCCGGCCUUCAACUGCAGUCCAAGAACCAGAAAAGGAAUUCAAUAUCUGUUUAGUUGGCAGUGGAGGAGUAGGCACUAUUGCUGCUGUGGUGCUAGAGAAGUCGGGAAGAGCAAGGGUCACGGUCGUGCUGAGAGGGAGUUAUGAUGUUGUGAGUGAGAAGGGGUUUGAUAUUGAGAGUGUGGAUCAUGGAGAUCUGAAAGGUUGGAUGCCGUCAAGAGUCGUCCCCAGCAUCGAAGAAGCAACCUUCGCUCCCCGCCCAGCACACCCAACACCACUCCCCACUGGCGCCGCAACACCCAUGGAAUCUCCUCGCGAGCGCUACGACUAUCUCGUCCUCAGUACCAAACAACUCCCCGACAAAUACUCCCUCGCCACCCUCGUCACACCCCUCAUCACCCCCGGCCUAACAUCCAUCGUCCUCAUACAAAACGGCAUCUUCAUCCACGUCCCCUUCACCACCCUCUUCCCCAAUAAUGUCACCAUGUCCGCCGUCUCCAUGAUCGGCUCCUUUACCGAACCACCCAACAAAGUCAAGCAAAUCGGCCCUGAUAUCCUCCAGAUAGGCGCACAUUAUCACCCUGGCGUAGCCGACUCCAUCUCAGCUGAGCGAACCCAGACGUUCAUAGACAUGUACGUUUCCGGCGGAGCGAAAAGCUGCAUCCUAGCACCAGACAUGAUGCUUGCGCGGUGGGCGAAACUCCUCUGGAACGCGCCAUACAACUGUCUCUGUGCACUGAUGGAGAUGACGGUUGGCGAGAUUCAGUCUUCUGGAGCAAGGGGGAAAUUAGUGGAGCCGAUGAUGCGCGAGAUUGUGGCGAUUGCGAAAGCAGAUGGGACUGAGUUGACGGAGGAGUUGGUAGAAGAGAUGUUGUGUAGGAGUCCGGAGUCGAGUCGGUACAGGCCGAGUAUGUUGCUGGAUAGGGAGCAGGGCAGGCCGAUGGAGAUUGAGGUUAUCUUAGGUGACGCGAUCCGCAAGGGAAAAGAGUUGGGGGUUGAGGCGAAGGUUAUGGAGAGUGUUUAUGAGUUGUUGUGUUUGGUUAGGUGGAAGGCUGAGAAUGGGGUAGGGAAAGGGUAGAUGCAUAGUGAAGUGGUGGGAAGUGCAAGGAAAUCUCGGUGCUUUGGAAACGUGGCGUUGAUUUGCAGCUUUGCAUCAGUAGACAUAGACU